GAUUCUCCUGCCUCAGUCUCCUGAGUAUCUGGGAUUACAGGUGCACCCCCCGAGUCCAGUUUCCCCACUUUGAUGUUCCCUAUGCCCUGCCCCUCAUCCUGUGCACCCUGGAGGUCAGGAAGGUAGGUGGGGCCGCUAUCUGCGCAGGCUGUUUGUUCUCCUUCUAGGGCUGCCACCUUGGCCAGGCCCUUGGAUAAAAGGCCAGGGCACCUGUGUCCUGCUUCCUCCUCUCCAACCUGGAUCAUGCUCCGGCAGCUCCCCGCCCUGGUGCUCCUGGGGGCACUGGUCGCCCCAGAAGGGACCUCCAAGACCUGUCCAGCCUGCGCUUCACCGGGUCACUGCAGGGACAUCAUCUGUCCUUCAGCCCAGGACUCCUGCCUGCUCAGCCAGAUGCAUCUGGAAAAUGGGACUGUGGUGGACAGCGGAUCAUGUGUGGCCCCUGGGCAGUGCCGGGAAGGCAUCAGCACCCUGACCUAUGGCCCCAACUCCACGCUCUGGGUCAGCACUGCCUGCUGUGCAAACAGCUGCAGCCUCACCGGUCCACGACAAGAGCCAGGGCCCAAGGCCAACCACGUGACAUGUCAAUACUGUUCCGGGAAUAAGUCGACCCCCUGUGACUCCCUUUCGGUCAUGAACUGCACUGGGAACCAGACCAAGUGUGUCACCCUCAAUGGGACAUGGAGUGGAGGGCGUCCCCAAAUCCUGAAGGGCUGCGCUACACCAGAUGUCUGCCACCUGCAAGUGAAUGACACCCUGGGCCCAGAGGCGACAGGAUUCCGUCUCACCUCCAAACCUGAUUGCAACCCUCCUCCCACACAGCCAGGUGCCCCUGCAGCCGUGACCCACACCAACCCAAAGACCACCAUCUGCUUCACCUGCUCAGACCUCCAGCACUGCGACCCUCUUCCCUGUCCGGCGGACAGAAACUACUGCCUCAAGACAGCAGGCAUCACCGCCUUCGGGGAUGGGAAUUCUCUCUCCUGGAGAAAUGGUUCCUGCGUGGCCUCCACGGACUGCACACGGAGCAACUCCGUCUCUGCCUUGACCUAUGGCGUCGGCCUUGGCUUCUGGGUCAACACCACCUGUUGCCGAGGCAAUUGCCAGGAACCCAUUCCGCUUGCAGCUCUGCCGGCCUCACGCACCUUGACCAAGUUCCUGUGUCCUACGUGCCCCAAGGGCCAGUCCGGGUCCUGCAGCUCCUCCUUCUACCUGCAGUGUCCCCGUGGGGAGACCCAGUGUGUCCAGCUGGACCUGACAUCGGAUGACGGUGGCCGGAACGUGAGCAUGCGCGGCUGCGGCUCUCGAGACCUGUGCAGCUCCCUGGAUGUGACCCAGGGGCUCCGGGCGCUCCCGGACCUUCCUGGGCUCCGUGGCCUCCGGCUGUCCCGCCAGCCUGACUGCAAGGCAGCCCCAAAAGCUAAGCCUAUCUCCUCAAACUAG